CUCCUUCUUCCGCCCUCUCCUUAUCUUCGUAGCUCGCGGCCGCCCUGCUGUCUCCUCCAAUCGAUCGCAUGGCUGCGGCUUCCUUCCUUAAACCCUCAACCCUCCAUUUCCCCACCAAAUUCCUCCUCCUCCCCUCCUCCUCCUCCUCCUCUUCUCUCCGCUUCCACGCCGCCUCCUAUUUUAGUCUCUCCAUUUCCCACCGUCGCCGUCCGCUUUCGCCACUUCCUGCAAGAGCCAAGGAGGCCGCCCUUGAAGUCGUUGCGGAUGAGGAGAAAAAGGAGGAUCUGGGCGCUUCCUUCGACGCAGCAGUGGAAGCGAAGGCUGAAGAAGACUCCGAUGCGGCGGUGGCCCAGGAGGUGAACGCACAGGAGCGUCGGCCGUGCGAAUUGUACGCAUGCAAUCUUCCCAGGAGUUGCGACAUUUCCCAGCUCUUGGAUCUAUUCCAACCUUACGGCACCGUGGUUUCGGUCGAGGUAUCCAGAGAUGCUAAGACUGGUCUUAGCCGAGGUUCUGGUUUUGUUACAAUGAGCUCUAUACAAGAAGCUAAAGCAGCAAUGACUGCUUUGGAUGGUUCAGACCUUGGUGGGAGAGAAAUGUGUGUCAAAUUUUCAGCCGAUAUGACUUCUGGAAGAACAAACAUCAAGGCCUUAUAUACAACACCAAAAAAGAACAUAGUCUUUGAGAGCCCACACAAAGCCUAUAUUGGUAACCUUUCAUGGUUCGUGAAACCUGAAAAUUUGAGGAAAUAUUUUAGUGAAUUUGGAAGUGUAUUAAGUACUAGGGUGCUCUAUGAUCGCAAAGGAGGGAAAAACCGCGUCUAUGGUUUUAUUUCAUUUGCUUCUGAUGAUGAACUUAAGGCGGCAGUGAAGACAGAUGGAUCGGUAUUUCAUGGGCGAACAUUAGUGGUUAGGGAAGUCAUAAACAGUGAGGAUCAAUGAUCAGUUUGGUGUGUUCAGUUAGGAUGCAUUUGUUAUACUUGGCAGGAGUAGUAUGCCAUGUUUGCUUGUUGAUGGUGUUUGCUACUGUAACAGGGUGAAUUCGUUGCUCAUUGAGGUGGUGCAAUUGUUGUUAGCAUGAUACACAACAAGCUUCAGGCGUUUUAAGUUGCAUUGACAUGUGAUUUUCAGAACAUUGUACCCGAUAAACUAAAUGUCUAGCUAGUCGUAAUAAUCCUUUUACUUUUAGUUGAUAACUUGAUUGUCAAACGUAUUUUCUGUGAAAGAUAUUUUUUUUUAUAAAAAAAAAGAAACUUUUCUUGUA